AUGGCGGGCGCGGCGGCCUGCCGACAGCGCAAUCUCGUGGUGGCGGCCGCUCUGGGCGUGUUCACCCUCGGGACGCUCUCGCUUCCGCUGCUGCUGCGCCGCUUCCACUCGCAGCCCCUGGUGGAGAGGGAGGGGGCGCUGAGCCCGCAGGCAGUGCAGCGGGGGCCGUACCUGAAUGCUGGCAGCAAGGACAUCGGUAGAGACCCCACACCCAUUCACGCAUACAAGCAGAAGAGGGAGUCUCAGGCUGAACAGUGA